CCAGGAUGUAGCAGAUACCGAGCAGUUCCUGAUUGAGCAGUCACAGCUGUUUGUUUGGAGGAUUUAAUUGUACUUACCGAACCAUCAGAAUCCUGAAUUCCAUUAAUAGCAGGAGGAGACUAGACUCACCAUCCCAGAUGAAGGAAGUCGUACACUUCCGAAACGCGUCAGAUUUUUUUCCUCCUCUGCUACCUGUAGUGACGUCACUAGCAGAGUCCGUGGAUUGCCCGGAACUCAGCGAGAAAUAAAACGGUAUAGACGCCGCCGGCCGGGGCUGUCUCCCAUUUCUUCCCAGGAGCUACCUAUCAAAUCCUGCUCACUGCCAUCCUCUUCGUGGACAUCGAUUCAAACAUCUGCAUCUCUCCGAAAAAACUCUCCAUCAGAGAGGAAGAAAAAGAGUUUCUUGUUACUACUGGUUCCACCCAUUCACCAUCCUAUCUGUAGCACGUCGCACUGAUUUACUGUCAGUCAAUUGCUAAUACCGGAUUAAUGCACUUCGGACGAACACAGCACAAUGCACUUUGCCGAUCUUCAAGUAUAUCCAGUGAUAAAACCACUACAAGGUUAUGAAUCACAGUGAUGAUCGGGAUUGUAUUAAUGCUCCAGACAUAAUGGUAAAGGAAGAAGAGACAGAUGUGAGUGGUGAUAAACAGUAUAAGGAGGACAUGCCAACAAAGAAAGAUCUGAACUUUAUUAAUGCUCCAGACAUAAAGAAAGAAGAGGAGACAAUUGUAAGCGGUGAUGAGCAGUCAAAGGAGGAUAUUCCUACAAGGAAACAACGGAAAUCUAUUAAUGCUACAGACAUGAAUGAAGAAGAACAAGCAGAUGUGAGCAGUAAUGAGCAGUAUAUGGAGGAAAUUCCUACAAGGAAAGAUCAGAACUAUAUUAAUACUCCAGACAUAAAGGAAGAAGUAGAGACCUAUGUGAUCGGUGAUGAGCAGUAUAAGGAGGACAUUCCUACAGGGAAAGAUCUGAACUAUAUUAAUGUUCCAGACAUAAAGAAAGAGGAGGAGACAGAUGUGAGCGGUGAUGAGCAGUUAAAGGAGGAUUUUCCUACAAGGAAACAUCGUAAAUCUAUUAAUGCUACAGACAUAAAGGAAGAACAGGCAGGUGUGAGUGGUAAUGAGCAGUAUAUGGAGGAAAUUAUUACAAGGAAAGAUCUGAACUAUAUUAAUGCUCCAGACAUAAAGGAAGAAGAAGAGACAGAUGUGAGCAGUGAUGAGCAGUAUAAGGAAGACAUUCCUCCAGGGAAUGAUCUGAACUAUAUUAAUGCUCCAGAUAUAAAGAAAGAGGAGGAGACAGAUGUGAACAGUGAUGAGCAGUUAAAGGAGGACAUUCCUACAUGGAAACAUCUUAAAUCUAUUAAUGCUACAGACAUAAAGGAAAAACAGGCAGGUGUGAGUGGUAAUGAGCAGUAUAUGGAGGAAAUUCCUACAAGGAAAGAUCUGAACUAUAUUAAUGCUCAAGACAUAAAGGAAGAAGAAGAGACAGAUGUGAGCAGUGAUGAGCAGUAUAAGGAAGACAUUCCUACUGGGAAAUAUGUCAACUAUAUUAAUGCUCCAGACAUAAAGAAAGAAGAAGAGACAGAUGUGAGCGGUGAUGAGCAGUAUAAGGAGGACAUUCCUACAGAUGCCCAUGUAGUGAAGAAGCCAUCCCCAUAUUCAGAACAUAAGAAACAUCAUACUGUGAAGUCAAAACUGGUUCAACCUCAAAGGGCUCCCACAGGGAGGAAGGCGGUGUCGUGUGCAGAAUGUGGUAAAUGGUUUACUCGGAAAUCAUAUCUUCGAAUACAUCAAAGGAUUCACACCGGAGAGAAGCGAGGGAAGCCAUUUUCAUGCUCAGAAUGUGGUAAAUGUUUUACUCAAAGAUCAGAUCUGAAAAGUCAUGUGAGAACUCACACAGGGGAGAAGCCAUUUUCAUGUUUGGAGUGUGGCAAAUGCUUUACCUCUAAAUCAGAUCUUACUAAACAUCAAAGAAUUCACACAGGGGAGAAGCCGUUUGCAUGUACAGAAUGUGGAAAAUGCUUUACUAGGGCAUCACAUGUUGUUCGACAUCAAAUAACUCACAUGACAGAGAAGCCAUUUGCAUGUUCAGAAUGUGGGAAAAGUUUUACUACAAACUUAAAUCUUGUUGAACAUCAAAGAAGUCACACAGGAGAGAAGCCAUUUGCAUGUUCCGAAUGUGAUAAAUGUUUUGUUCGGCGAGGAGAUCUUGUUAAACAUCAUCUAACUCAUACAGGGGAGAAACCAUUUUCAUGUUCAGAAUGUGGCAAGUGCUAUACUCAGAAAUCAUAUCUUGUUCAACAUCAAAGAACUCACACAGGCGAGAAACCAUUUGCAUGUUUGGAGUGUGGCAAAUGCUUUACUUAUAAAUUAGGUCUUACUACACAUCAAAUAACUCACACAGGGGAGAAGCCAUUCGCAUGUUUGGAGUGUGGCAAAUGCUUUACUCAUAAAUUAGGUCUUACUACACAUCAAAUAACUCACACAGGGGAGAAGCCAUUCGCAUGUUCUGAAUGUGGGAAAUGUUUUUCUAAAAAAGAAGUGCUUGUUAGACAUCAAAGAAUCCACUCAGGAAAGAAACCUUUUUCAUGUUCAGAAUGUGACAAAUGUUUUACUCAGAAAUCAAAUCUCAUUAAACAUCUCACAUGUCACACAGGGGAGAAGCCAUUUUUAUGCCCAGAAUGUGGAAAAUGUUUUACUCAGAAAUCACAUGUCACUAGACAUCAAGAAACUCACUCAGGAAAGAAACCUUAUUCCUGUUCAGAAUGUGGCAAAUGUUUUUCUCGCAGGUCAUAUUUUCUUACACAUCAAAGAAUUCAUGCAGGGGAUAAUCCAUUUGCUUGUUCAGAAUGUGGAAAAUGUUUUACUCAGAAAGCAGAUCUUGUAAAACAUCAAAGAAUUCACACAGGGGAGAUGGCAUUUUCUUGUUCCACAUGUCAUUACAUGGGGCAGAGGAUGCCUGGAAAGAGGGAAUGUGAGGCGGGAAGAGAGGUUAUGAAUCACAGUGAAGAUCGGGAUUGUAUUAAUGCUCCAGACAUAAUGGUAAAGGAAGAAGAGACAGAUGUAAGCGGUGAUGAGCAGUAUAAGGAGGACAUGCCAACAAAGAAAGAUCUGAGCUUUAUUAAUGCUCCAGACAUAAAGAAAGAAGAGGAGACGGACGUAAGCGGUGAUGAGCAGUUAAAGGAGGAUAUUCCUACAAGGAAACAUCGGAAAUCUAUUAAUGCUACAGACAUAAAUGAAGAAGAACAAGCAGAUGUGAGCAGUAAUGAGCAGUAUAUGGAGGAAAUUCCUGCAAGGAAAGAUCUGAACUAUAUUAAUACUCCAGACAUAAAGGAAGAAGAAGUAGAGACCUAUGUGAUCGGUGAUGAGCAGUAUAAGGAGGACAUUCCUACAGGGAAAAAGCUGAACUAUAUUAAUGCUCCAAACAUAAAGAAAGAGGAGGAGACAGAUGUGAUUGGUGAUGAGCAGUUAAAGGAGGACAUUCCUACAUGGCAACAUAUUAAAUCUAUUAAUGCUACAGACAUAAAGGAAGAAGAACAGGCAGGUGUGAGUGGUAAUGAACAGUAUAUGGAGGAAAUUCCUACAAGGAAAGAUCUGAAUUGUAUUAAGGCUCCAGACAUAAAGGAAGAAGAAGAAGAAGAAGAGACAGAUGUGAGCAGUGAUGAGCAGUAUAAGGAAGACAUUCCUACAGGGAAAGAUCUGAACUAUAUUAAUGCUCCAGACAUAAAGAAAGAGGAGGAAACAGAUGUGAGCGGUGAUGAGCAGUUAAAGGAGGACAUUGCUACAUGGAAACAUCUUAAAUCUAUUAAUGCUACAGACAUAAAGGAAGAAGAACAGGCAGGUGUGAGUGGUAAUGAGCAGUAUAUGGAGGAAAUUCCUGCAAGGAAAGAUCUGAACUAUAUUAAUGCUCCAGACAUAAAGGAGGAAGAAGAGACUGAUGUGAGCAGUGAUGAGCAGUAUAAGGAGGACAUUCCUACAGAUGCCAUUACAGGGAAGAAGCCAUCCCCAUAUUCAGAACAUAAGAAACAUCAUACUGUGAAGUCAAAACUGGUUCAACCCCAAAGGGCUCCCACAGGGAGGAAGGCGGUGUCGUGUUCAGAAUGUGGUAAAUGUUUUACCCGAAAAUCGUAUCUUCGAAUACAUCAUAGGAUUCACACUGGAGAGAAGCGAGAGAAGCGAGAGAAGACAUUUUCAUGCUCAGAAUGUGGUAAAUGUUUUACUACAAGAUCAGAACUGAAAUGUCAUGUGAGAACUCACACAGGGGAAAAGCCAUUUCCAUGUUCGGAGUGUGGCAAAUGCUUUACCUUUAAAUCAGAUCUUACUAAACAUCAAAGAAUUCACACAGGGGAGAAGCCGUUUGCAUGUUCAGAAUGUGAAAAAUGCUUUACUAAAGCAUCAAAUCUUGUUCUACAUCAAAGAAGUCACACAGGAGAGAAGCCAUUUGCAUGUUCAGAAUGUGGGAAAAGUUUUACUACAAACUUACAACUUGUUGAACAUCGAAGAAGUCACACAGGAGAGAAACCAUUUGCAUGUUCUGAAUGUGAUAAAGGUUUUGUUCGGCGAGGAGAUCUUGUAAAACAUCAACUAACUCAUACAGGGGAGAAACCAUUUCCAUGUUCAGAAUGUGGCAAAUGCUAUGCUAACAAAUCAUAUCUUGUUGACCAUCAAAGAACUCACACAGGGGAGAAACCAUUUGCAUGUUUGGAGUGUGGCAAAUGCUUUACUUAUAAAUUAGCUCUUACUAGACAUCAAAUAACUCACACAGGGGAGAAACCAUUCGCAUGUUUGGAGUGUGGCAAAGGCUUUACUCAUCAAUUAGGUCUUACUAGACAUCAAAUAACUCACACAGGGGAGAAGCCAUUCGCAUGUUCUGAAUGUGGAAAAUGUUUUUCUAAAAAAGAAGUGCUUGUUAGACAUCAAAUAAUCCACUCAGGAAAGAAACCUUUUUCAUGUUCAGAAUGUGACAAAUGUUUUACUCAGAAAUCAAAUCUCAUUAAACAUCUCACAUGUCACACAGGGUUGAAGCCAUUUUUAUGCCCAGAAUGUGGAAAAUGUUUUACCUGUAAAUCACAUCUCACUAGACAUCAAGAAACUCACUCAGGAAAGAAACCUUAUUCCUGUUCAGAAUGUGGCAAAUUUUUUUCUCGCAGAUCAUAUUUUCUUACACAUCAAAGAAUUCACGCAGGGGAGAAUCCAUUUGCAUGUUCAGAAUGUGGAAAAUGUUUUACUCAGAAAGCAGAUCUUGUAAAACAUCAAAGAAUUCACACAGGGGAGAAGGCAUUUUCUUGUUAGAAUGUAGGAAAUGUUUUAGCAAGGAAUCUCAUAUUCUUUUAUUUCAAAGACCAAGAAGAGAGUAAACAUUUCCUUAUUUAUUUUCCAACUUUGUACAAGAAAGAAAUAUACAACUGGUAAAAGUCUUGAAUCUUACAAGAAAAAGGUCUUAUAUACAAGUCUUAUUUGCCAUAUGAGAGGUCACUCAGGAACUAAGGCUACUUUCACACUAUGAGUAUUCAUCCUUUAUUAAACAUCCGUUUUCUGUAUAAUAACGGAUGAAAUAACGGGUGCUAACAGCUGGAUAACGUCCGUCAAAAUAACGGCCAUAUUCAUCCAUUAAGACCCGUUAUUAGAUCCGUCAUGUCGUUUUAACACCUCUGCCUACAGAGACUCCCACAGCCGGGACUACUACUACUACUACCAUCAUAUAACAGACUGGUUUCCAUGAUGGGAGUAGUAGUUCCCCGGCUGCAGGAGUCUGCCGGUGACUGGGGAGGCUACAUCAGUGUUUGUACUACUACCCCGAUCAUGGAACAGACUCAGUUCCAUGAUGGGGGUUGUAGUACAGGGGUUGAGGGAAUGAUCGCACCGAUGCGCUUAGAAGUUAUUAAACAGGGGAGCGGGCGGCAUGCUGUGCUCCCCUGUGAUGUACGAUGUAUUUUUCUUUCAUUUUUAAAUUCCCCGCCGGGAGCCCUGAAUGGCUGAUACGGAUGAGCCAUUCAGGGCUCCAGGCGGGGUUUUUAAACUUAUGUUCCUUACUGUAUAAUCACAUUCCCCCUUAAGUAUAUUAAUUUUAUUCUCCCGAUGUGUAUAUGUAUGAUUCCCCCCCUGCCUGCUGCCCAGUCAUCAUCUCAUCUUCUAGCACUGUCACAGCGCAUAACAGGGACAUGCCAUUCCAUUCCCUGCUGCUCAUCUCCGCAUCUGAUAGAGGAGCAGCGGAGAAUGUUGGGACCUGUCCCCCCUGUGCGCUGUUAUAGUGCUCCAUUCCCCACCGCUGGUACCUGACCUGUACCCCCUAUGCACUGCCUCAUUCAUAUAUUCCCCAUGGCCGCCCAUGUCACCGCUGCUGCCCUGCUCCAAGCGCAAUCAGAGCACACAGCGGGGACAUGUCAGUCUAUUCCCCACUGCUCAUCUCCGUCGGGGAAUUACUACUCCCAUCAUGGAAACAUGUCUGUUCCAUGAUGGGAGUAGUAGUAGUCCCUCAGCACUGCAGGAGUCUGCUGAUGUCACCUCUUCUGAGCAUGCUCAGAUGUAAUAACGGAUAUUUGCCAUAGACCCAUUUGCCCUAGACUUCAAUGUUAAAAAUUACAUCCAUUUAUUUGCCCGUUUCUUCUGACGGAAAAAAAAUUUAUGCAUGUGACAUUUUUUCUUCCGUCACAAAUAACGUCCGUUAUUCAUGACGGGCUAUAACGGAUCUUAACGGAUAAUCAAAAAAUCCCAUAGACUUUAAUGGGAUUUUGUAACGGCCGUUUAACAUCCGUUUUUAAGGCUUUUCUUACGGAAGUUUAUAACGGGUCCUUUAACGGAGCAACUUUAUAGUGUGGAAGGGGCCUAAACCAUUCUCAUGUUCAGAAUGUGGCAAAUGUUACAAUGUAAAAUCAAGUCUUUAGUGCCAUCAGGGUAGAAACCAUUUGCAUGUUCAGAAUGUGGAAAAUGUUUUACUCAGAAAGCAGGUCUUCUAAAACAUCAAAAAAUUCACACGGGGAGAAGGCAUUUUCCUGUUAGAAUGUACGAAAUGUUUUAGGAAGACAUCACAUAUUUCUUUUUGUUCAAAGACCAACAUUACUUUUUGUUCAAAGACCAACUUUUGUACAAGAAAGAAAUAUACAACUGGUACAAGUCUUGUAUUUUACAAGAGAAAGAGAAAGCAACAUAGAGCACUACAUGAUAAUUAAUAAAUGUCUGUAAUAAACAAUAAAUUAUAUCUUUAAAGAGAAACUGACAGUUCACCCGCACUAAGCCCGGUAUACUGGGUAAUAGUGCGGGUGAACCGCUUUAUAAUGAUGGGUCACUCACUUAAAUCUGUUCAGGAGGUGCAGAGUUAUCUUGGUAAAUACCUUUAUUCCUAAUGUGCUCAAUUGCGCAUUGG